AUGGCGGACCAGUUUCCUCCACGCGACUAUGCUUGCGAAAAUCAUGGCACCGAUCGGAGAUCUGUCAAGUGUCCAAGCCUGGUUGACAAGGCGAAGUCGGUUUGGAACAAGACCGGCUUGGACCUGCAGUCAAUUAUGCUGAUGGUCAAAGGCGCAAUACCUCCAACAAUCGGACUAGCAAUUUACCAGGCCGACUCUAUCGCGGCGUAUUUCACCACUUCCGGAUAUCUGAUAGCUAUUAUAUCGGUACUGGGAUUCGCCAUUAUGCCCCGCGCCAAGUUCGUUCAGAUGAUGCUGCUCGAUAUACUGGCUGUAUGCGUCGCAGCUGCUGUGAAUGCGUUGAUGAUGUUUGCGACCGUCAAAGCACGCGAGCAGUCGACCAGUUCGGAUCAAUCUCAACCGAGUAGCUCAGGCUUUCCGCCGUACAAUUCCUCUGCUUCGGUUACCAGCGGCGUCUUUUUAUUCUUCCAGACUUAUUUUGUCCAUUCGCUCAGAGCCCAUUACCAGCAGUUUCAAUUCCCCGUCAUUAUCUACUCCAUUGUGGCCAACGUCACCUUCUCGUUUGCACCGCUUCUGUCUACUAUGCCCGCGGCGCUAUCGAUGGUUCGCCGACUGCUUGAGGCUGCGUUAUUGGGACUGGGGCUCUCUACUGGAGUGUCCUUUUUCAUUUUCCCGCUCUCUUGCCGAGCCGUGGUAUUCAAACAAAUGGCAGGCUAUAUCUCUGCUUUAAGAUCUGCUCUGCAAGCCCAUACUGCCUAUUUUGAAGCAUUGGAGAGCGAGAACGUGUUUGGGCGAACAGCGACCUACGACUCAACCGUAGAGAAGAUGGAUAAACAUGGCAAGGUCUAUUCCCCAGAAGCAACAACAAUUCGAAAAGCCGUACAUAAAAUCACAGAGCUCCAUGGAAAGAUGGCCGGCGAUCUACCGUUCGCAAAACGUGAAAUUGCGAUAGGCGAGCUCGGUCCUGAUGACCUUCAAUCUAUCUUCCGCCAUCUUCGCCAGACGAUGGUACCCGUAGUUGGCCUCGGCUUCAUUGUCGAUAUCUUUGAGCGACUAUCAGAAUACAACAAAUGGAACGAGCCUAUUGAUCCAUCCUCUGUGGUAUCUGGCGACCUCCGCGACCGUGCGGUGCAUGAGUGGCAUGAGAUUAUGACGGCUGUCCAUGACCCGUUUGUCUCUAUGAUUGAAACAAUAGACGAAGGCUUGCAGCAUGUUGCGGUGACUCUAAAGCUGACACCGGCUCCAAAGAAUGUGAACUUGGACCCCGAGACCGCUAGCAGUCGAUCCCCUGGUAACAAAGGGUUUAGUGCUUAUAUGGAAAGGAAGCUCUCUGAUUUCAAGAUAGCUAAGCAGCUUGCCCUGCGGACUUGGAGUGAAGAGAAAGGCAUUACACUUCCGCCAGACUUUUUCGAGCAUCCUACAACUGCGCAUCUGGAAACGGAGGACAUACCCGUGGAUGGCUCUGUAGAUAGAGACCGCGCUCGGAGACAAUUGUUUCUGUUUCUUUAUAUGGAGCAAUUACUGGCCUCCACUGGCCAGGUGGUCCUUGAAUUCGUCCGAUACGCCGAUCGGAAACGAGAGAGCGGGAAGCUCUCGAGAACGAGAUUGAUUAUCCCUGGUGGCAAACGUCUGCGCAAGUGGGCCUUGAGCAUUUUCAAAACCGGGGAUCCUCAAGGAGAGGACCAUUUGGGCGAUGUGAAUGCGAACAAUGGCGUGCUUCAGCUUGGCGAGGCGUAUACAACUAGGAAAGACCCAGAACAUUUACCGCCAGAAACAACGCUUCAGAAGUUAGGAGAUAAGAUUAGGCGAAUUGCAGCAAUGCUCCGCUCUCCACAAUCGUCUUAUGGGUUCCGUGUUGCAUGUGCUACAAUGACCAUUGCGGUUGUUUAUUUCAUUCGAGACACGCAAGAAUUCUUCAUUAGACAGCGAUUUGUCUGGGCUAUCAUCAUGGUCAACCUGAGCAUGUCUCCGACGUCUGGCCAAAGUCUUUUUGGUUUCGCCCUCCGUAUCGUUGGGACUAUCCUAGCAAUGACGCUUAGUCUGCUUUGUUGGUAUAUUCCUGGAAAGCAGACUCCUGGUAUCCUUGUUUUCUUUUUCUUGUUUGUCGCUGCGACAUUCUAUAUACCGGUUAAGCAGUUCCGUUUCCGAAUUGCAGGAGUUAUUACCGUGAUAUCUACUGCGAUGAUCGUGGGUUAUGAGCUUCAGGCUCGCAAAAUUGGCGAGCAAAACGUCAGCGCAAACGGUCAGACGUACUAUCCGAUCUAUCUCCUGGCUCCGUAUCGGCUCGCGGUUGUGACUGGAGGCAUUGCAGUUGCUUUUUUCUGGACGUUUUUCCCUUACCCUAUCUCGGAGCAUUCCGUAUUGCGACAGAACCUGGGAUCGAGCCUAUACCUUCUCGCUAAUUACUACUCAAUCAUUCAUGAAACGGUGACUGCGCGUAUGCGCGGCGAUGAAGGUGACAAUGCCCUCAAGACACCAGCGGGGAGGCGGCUGUUGAAGGCCCGAAACAAAGUAUUUUCAAAACAGAUGAUCAUGCUGAGCAGUCUCCGCACAUACUCUGAGUUUCUCAAAUGGGAAGUGCCCAUUGGGGGUCGGUUCCCUAAACAACAGUAUGAUAGAAUUAUUACCUGCAUCGAGAAGCCAUUCAUGAAACUCACAGCUAAACCUAGGUUCAGCAUUGUCAACUACCUCAGUCUUCUUGGGUAUGCCUCGGAUUCACUUAAGCAGCUUGGGAACGAUGACGAAUCGGACUCCGCUUGGCUUAAUGAUCUGAGAAGGUUGAUUGCCAGUGCUCGAAUUACUACGCACCAGAUAACAUCAGUGCUAUGUCUUCUCUCUGCCAGCCUUACGAAUCAACAACCUCUGCCUCCAUUUUUGAAAACACCCAGACCGUACAGCUUCUCGAAGCGGCUUGAACAGCUGGACAAGGAUAUCCUGAGUCUGCGACAUAUUGCAGAGCCUGGAUUCGCUACGUUUUCUGUUCUGCAGAUUUCCACUCGCUGCAUCGUUGGUGACGUGGAGUUACUUAUGAAGUAUGUUAUCGUCCGAGAUUGA